AUGGGUGGACACUUUACUCUGCUUUGUAAUCUUCAAACUCUUUAAUGUCCCUACAAUUAUAAUAAAGUUCUCUAUUUAAUUUUGGCGAAUAUUACUUUAGGUUUUGUUUUUCAAGCAGCUGCUAAAAUGUUAAUUUUGUUAAAAUACUUCUUGAUUAAUGUCUAAUCAUCUUUUUCUCUAUCAAAUAUUUCCUCCCACCGUUUCACAGGUCCUGCUGAUAUCCAAUCUGUAUUUAACCUGUAUAGGAUAGAAAUAUAUUCUAAUAAUUACAUUGCAAUAGCAACAGAUUAUGGUUACUUUGAUGAUAACUGCUUUGUUUAGGUUAGCCCAUAAAGCAAGACUAAAAAUUGUUUAUUAUGCAAGCCAAACUAUGUUUAAAAAAAUUAUGAAUGUAUCCCUUAUGAUAAAAAUGAUAUAUGCUAAAAUUCAUAAAACCCAUAAAGUUAUUACUUUUAUUACAAGUAAUUUAAUCAAUGUAUCUAAGUAAACAACCCAAUUAAAUAUUGUGCUUAACUGAAUUCUACAUAUUUAAAUUAAUGUGAAGUAUGCGUUUCUACAACAAGAGACCCAAAUAAUCAAUGUUAAUGCUACCCUUAAUACUAUGAAUCUAAUUAAUAGGAUUGUAAACCAAUAGAUUGUAACUCUGUUUGCAAGUAAUGUAAAUACAAUCCAAACAACUGCACUGAAUGCUGGGAACCAACAAGAGAUGUUUCUAAAAAUUGUUAAUGCAAAGAUGGUUUUUAUGAAGAUAAUUUAUCCUCAAAAUGUUUACCUUGUGAUCCAAAAUGUAAAACAUAAUGUAAUAGUGAAUGUAGCAAAUGUAUAAAUUAUUCAAGUAAUUGCAUAGAGUGUGCUAUAAACCGAAUUAAUUAUCCUAAAUGUUAAUGUCAAGUAGGAUAUAAAGAAAAUUUACUAGGUGAAUGUGUUCCAAAUUAAAUAGGCUGUAAUGAAGAUUGCGAAAUAUGUGACUCAGUUACUCCUAGUAUAUGUAUUCAAUGUAAAAGCUCAGAAUAAUCUGGAACUCAAUGUUUAUGCUAAGAUAAAAACAAUAAGUAAAUGGUAUGUUCUAAUUGUGAUCCUUCAUGCUUAACAUGCAGUGGAGGUUAAAAUAAUGAAUGUUUAUCCUGUAGUUAUAAAUAAGAGUUAAACUCCUAAAAAUAAUGCUAAUGCUAAGACUAGAAUAACUUUAUAAAUUAAAAUGGCUUAUGUGAGGAAGGUUUUGAUAUUAAUGAUGUAACUUUAUAGAGUGAUCUUCAAGUUACUUUUACUUUUUCAGAAGAAAUUAAUGUUUAAGAUUUAUCUCUUUUAAAUUAAGGAAUUAAGCUUUACUUAACACAAGUGAGUAGUACAAAUUUCAAUCAAGAAAUAGUUUCUGCUUCUAAAAAUUAAAUAAUUAUGAAAAUAACACAAUUAUUAGAAAUGAGUAAAAAACAAAAUAGUUAAAGCCUAAAUAUAAACUUAAAAGUUACUAUUUUAAAGUAGGUCCUUUGA